GUAAUCGCUAAAAGAAUGUUCCAAUUUGGAGCAAAAACUCAUCAAAACUCUGAUCCAAUAUUUCAUAAUGGUUACUGUUACAUACGUUCUUUUUCAUCCAAUAGUGUUGUGUACGUAAAAUGUCAUGAAAUGUCUAAAAGCAAUUGCCGAGCUCGAGGUACAACAGAUGGAGGACCACCAAUUACGUUAUCGACAAAUCACAAUCAUCCACCGAAUUUUGAUACAGAAUUGAUAUACAAUUUCCAGAAAAAUUUGUACACAGCUGUAAUUUCCAAUCUUCGAGAUUUACGUUUAAUUUAUGAUGAUAUAAGUCUUGGACAUUCCCGAGCAUCGAUACUUUUACCAUUUGUAGAAGUUGUCAGAACAAUGAGAACGUGGCGUACGUUAAACUGUCCUCCUGUCCCUAAAACAUUUCAAGAAUAUGUACUACGAUUAAAUUCACAACGUUGGAAAAAUUUGUUUUUCAAAAAUGAUAGCAGUUUAACUGCAGCACAUGUAGUUGCAACUGAUAGAUCUGAAGCUGUUGUCUUUUUGGACUCUACUCUGUUGCUGAAUUUUCAAACAGUUCAUCUAUUUGCAGAUGCAACUUAUAAAGUGUGCCCUCGCAAUCCUAAAAAAAUUUUUCAACUUUUUACGAUCAUGGCUUCUAUUGAUGACACGGUAGUUCCAGUACUUUGGAGUUUAAUGAGUAGAAAAACAAAAUGUUGUUACGCUCCAGUAAUUGAUCACUUUAAACGAUGUGGACCUCACUUACAAGUCUUAUCAAUCACAACAGACUAUGAAAUGGGACUGAAAAAAGUUUGUCAGCGGUUUUAUCCAAACGCCCGCUCUAAAGGUUGUUAUUUUCAUUUUAUGCAGGCUCUGAUAAAAAAAUCUAAGGAUCUGGGAUUGUGGAAUAAACUUCUUGAAUGGGAAGAUGGUAGAGAGUUCUUUAGGAAAUUAAUUGGUUUGGCUUUUCUUCCAGCAAAUGAAAUUCAUAACGCUUUGAACUAUUUAAAAAUGGUUUAUCAAAUAGAACUAACAAUUCUGUUGAGUCAAAUAACAGACGCAUCAAUGUCAAAUUCGGCAUACAUACUCGCAUAUGGCAGUUCACAGUCACUAAUAAAUUUCUAUGAAAUUACAAAACGUGAGGUGCACGCUUUGAAGAUGGCUCAGCCAAUUCGUCGUUCCCGGCGAUCAGAGGUAAAACUCCAAAAUGCCGUUAUAAGUCGGGCUUGGGAAUUAUACAAUAAUAACUCAUUUGAUGUUGCGCACUUUUUGGAGUGUGUCAAUUAUAUAAUCCCUGUAUUCGAGUCUGACAAAUCUAUUCAGAGUACAAUUGAAGUUGAUAAUUUCAUCAAUUUGCCACUAAAAAGAUAUAUUGCUGUUACCGAUGAAACUUACAUAGUUAUGAAUGAAGAUAAUCUCAUCGGUGUUGGAGCCCUACUUUUAAUUCGCGAUUAA